AUGAAUCGUAAUCAGUACAAUUUAUAUGUAAGCAAUGUUUCUAAUAAAACGAAUGGAGAUCGUUUAAUUUCGUAUUUUUCUCAAUUUGGAAAAAUUGAAAGUUAUACCUUUUUUGCAAAAAAUUCUGAUCGUCAUUGCGCAGCUGCAAUAAUCACAUAUGGAAUAUCUACUGAUAUUGAUUAUAUAAUUAAACAAAAUCAACGAAUAGAAUUUGAUAAUCGUCAUUUAUUUCUCCGUCGUACAUUGCCAAUAGUUCGUCCUGCAUUCGAACGUUUUAUGGCAUCUAAUGAGUUACUUCUAUCAUUAACUUAUCUAUCUGAUGAUGAACAAUUUAAUGAAAUAAAUAUUCGAAAAUAUUUUAUUAAAUAUGGUCCAAUUGUAUCCUGUCGAGUUGUUAUACCUUACACAACAUUUUUAAUUGAUUAUGUUGAUGUAAAUAGUCUUGAUUGUGCAAUUCUUGAUGAACCACAUUUUUAUAAUGACAAUGAAUUAGUACUUCGAAAAUAUAUUUCACCAAAUCGUGUUGAUUCAUCUCGUUUAAAAAGACUUUUAUCCAAUCAAAAUAAUAAAACAACUAAAUUUUCAUUUCAAGAAAGAGUUCGUCGGUUAAAACAUAUGACUGAAGCUAUACAAUUCGUACAAAAAGUUGAAUUUCGUUUAAUAAAAUGUUCCUAUGAAGAAAAAAAAAUUAAAGUUAAUAAAAAACAAAAUGAUGAUAUGAUACAAUUAAAUAUCGAAUUAAGAAAUAAAUCUAAUGAUUUAAAUCGAGAUAUUGAACAAUUAAAACAAACAAAUAAUUCAUUAAAAUUAUUAAUCGAACAUAAUCAACGAACACAAAAACAUAUGGUUGAUUUAUAUAAAGAAAAAAUUCAAUAUGAACAAAAUAAAGCCAAUGAACUAAAAGAAGCAAUAAAUUUAUUAAAUUUUCAUUAA